CAGCCAUUUUCCAGAUUUAUGUGUGGAAAUGUUUAUUUCUGCUGUGACACUGGCGUCGCCAUAUAUGGCAAGGGCGUUCCAUGCAGCGCGUACUACGUCACGCCUGCGUCAUCUCCGCUUCUCCCUUUCCCGUCCGAGCUCUCAACAUGGCGCCGAUCAAACAGAAGAGGCCAGCUGUUGGCAAGAAAGCAAAAAAGGGAGCUUCAUGGAAGUUCACCUUGGACCUGACCCACCCUGUGGAGGACGGGAUCCUGGACUCUGCAAACUUUGAAACCUUCCUCAAAGAGAGGAUAAAGGUCAACGGCAAGACGGGGAAUCUGGGUAACAUCGUCCAGGUCGGCCGCAUGAAGAACAAGAUCAACGUCACGUCUGAGAAGCAGUUCUCCAAACGGUACCUGAAGUACCUGACAAAGAAGUACCUGAAGAAGAACAACCUGCGUGACUGGCUCAGAGUGGUGGCGUCGGACAAGGAGACGUACGAGCUGCGUUACUUCCAGAUCAGUCAGGACGACGAGGAGUCGGAGGCAGACGAGUAAACGGCGGCUGCACGGCGCCACAGCUGUCUGUGUCGGCAGCUGGAGCGAGGCAAGAGAAUAAAUGUGGAAAAAGAA